GACGGGAGCGCGCUCCGCGCGUGCGUACGCGGCGGCGGUUGUUAGCGCGCGGACUGCGUGGAGUGAAGCGAGGCGAGGAGGUUGGGUACUCACGGACUCACGCCCUGAGCUGACCCUUCGGCUGUCUGCAGCCAGGCGGUCCGAGAUGUUGUCCGGGAAGAAGGCGGCGGCUGCAGCUGCCGCGGCGGCAGCGGCCGCGGCCGCGGCGGCUGGCUCGGAGGCCAGCGCUGGGGCCGCGGCCGGCUCGGAGAACGGCUCAGAGGUGGCCGCGCCGCCGGCGGGCCCGUCGGGCCCUGCGGAGGCCGGGCCAGGAGUGGCCGGGGAGCGCACUCCCCGCAAGAAGGAGCCUCCGCGGGCUUCGCCUCCUGGGGGCCUGGCUGAGCCGCCAGGGUCCGCCGCGCCUCAGGCCGGGCCUACCGUCGUGCCUGGAUCUGCGACCCCCAUGGAAACGGGAAUCGCAGAGACUCCGGAGGGACGACGGACAAGCCGGCGCAAGCGGGCGAAGGUAGAGUACAGAGAAAUGGAUGAAAGCUUGGCCAACCUCUCAGAAGAUGAGUAUUACUCAGAAGAAGAGAGAAAUGCCAAAGCAGAGAAGGAAAAGAAGCUUCCCCCACCACCUCCUCAAGCCCCACCAGAGGAAGAAAAUGAAAGUGAGCCUGAAGAGCCAUCUGGGCAAGCAGGAGGACUUCAAGACGACAGUUCUGGAGGGUAUGGAGACGGCCAAGCAUCAGGCGUGGAGGGUGCAGCGUUCCAGAGUAGGCUUCCUCAUGACCGGAUGACUUCUCAGGAAGCAGCUUGUUUCCCAGAUAUCAUCAGUGGACCACAGCAGACCCAGAAGGUCUUUCUAUUUAUUAGAAACCGCACAUUGCAGUUGUGGUUGGAUAAUCCAAAGAUACAGCUGACUUUUGAGGCUACUCUACAACAAUUAGAAGCACCUUACAAUAGUGAUACUGUGCUUGUCCACCGAGUUCACAGUUAUUUAGAGCGUCAUGGUCUUAUCAACUUCGGCAUCUAUAAGAGGAUAAAACCCCUACCAACUAAAAAGACAGGAAAGGUAAUUAUUAUAGGCUCUGGAGUCUCAGGCUUGGCAGCAGCUCGUCAGUUACAGAGUUUUGGCAUGGAUGUCACACUUCUGGAAGCUAGGGAUCGUGUAGGUGGAAGAGUUGCCACGUUUCGCAAAGGAAACUAUGUAGCUGAUCUUGGAGCCAUGGUAGUAACAGGUCUUGGAGGGAAUCCCAUGGCUGUAGUCAGCAAGCAAGUGAAUAUGGAACUGGCCAAGAUCAAGCAAAAAUGCCCACUUUAUGAAGCCAAUGGACAAGCUGUUCCUAAAGAGAAAGAUGAAAUGGUAGAGCAAGAGUUUAACCGAUUGCUAGAAGCUACAUCUUACCUUAGUCAUCAGCUAGACUUCAAUGUCCUCAAUAAUAAGCCUGUGUCCCUUGGCCAGGCAUUGGAAGUUGUCAUUCAGUUACAAGAAAAGCACGUCAAAGAUGAGCAGAUUGAACACUGGAAGAAGAUAGUGAAAACUCAGGAGGAAUUGAAAGAGCUUCUUAAUAAGAUGGUAAAUUUGAAAGAGAAAAUUAAAGAACUCCAUCAGCAAUACAAAGAAGCAUCUGAAGUCAAGCCACCCAGAGAUAUCACUGCUGAAUUCUUAGUGAAAAGCAAACACAGGGAUUUGACUGCCCUGUGCAAGGAAUAUGAUGAAUUAGCUGAAACACAAGGAAAGCUAGAAGAAAAACUUCAAGAAUUGGAAGCCAACCCACCAAGUGAUGUGUAUCUCUCGUCAAGAGACAGACAAAUACUUGAUUGGCAUUUUGCAAAUCUUGAGUUUGCUAAUGCCACACCUCUUUCUACACUCUCCCUUAAACAUUGGGAUCAGGAUGAUGACUUUGAGUUUACUGGCAGCCACCUGACAGUGAGGAAUGGCUACUCAUGUGUCCCUGUGGCUUUAGCAGAAGGCCUGGAUAUUAAGUUGAACACAGCAGUUCGGCAGGUUCGCUAUACAGCUUCAGGAUGUGAAGUAAUAGCUGUGAAUACCCGCUCCACAAGCCAGACGUUUAUUUAUAAAUGUGAUGCCGUUCUCUGUACCCUCCCCUUGGGUGUGUUGAAGCAGCAGCCGCCAGCUGUUCAGUUUGUGCCGCCUCUCCCUGAGUGGAAAACAUCUGCAGUCCAAAGGAUGGGAUUUGGCAACCUUAACAAGGUGGUGUUGUGUUUUGACCGCGUGUUCUGGGAUCCGAGUGUCAAUUUGUUCGGUCAUGUUGGCAGUACUACUGCCAGCAGGGGUGAGCUCUUCCUCUUCUGGAACCUCUAUAAAGCUCCAAUACUAUUGGCACUAGUGGCGGGAGAAGCUGCUGGCAUCAUGGAAAACAUAAGUGAUGAUGUGAUUGUAGGCCGAUGCCUGGCCAUUCUCAAAGGGAUUUUUGGUAGCAGUGCAGUGCCCCAGCCUAAGGAAACUGUGGUGUCUCGCUGGCGUGCCGAUCCCUGGGCCCGGGGCUCUUAUUCCUAUGUAGCUGCAGGAUCAUCUGGAAAUGACUAUGACUUAAUGGCUCAGCCAAUCACUCCCGGCCCCUCAAUUCCAGGUGCCCCGCAGCCAGUUCCAAGACUCUUCUUUGCUGGAGAACAUACAAUCCGUAACUACCCAGCCACAGUCCAUGGUGCUCUGCUGAGUGGGCUUCGAGAAGCAGGAAGGAUUGCAGACCAGUUCUUGGGAGCCAUGUACACGCUGCCUCGCCAGGCCACUCCAGGUGUCCCUGCACAGCAGUCCCCAAGCAUAUGAGACAGAUGUAUCCAAAGGGAAGAGGCCGAUGUAUGUGUCUUUUGCUGUGUAAGCAAAGUUCUAGCAAUACUAGAUUCCUGAGAAACUUGCCCUGACACCUGGGUUCCCGAUCAACUGAAGUCCAUAACGGCCAGGUGGCCAAGGAGAGGUUUCUCUGGUGUUGAUGGCAGAUGUUGCCUGCCUUGAGUGACUUAGGGCUAGAGAGGGAGGCACUUACCCAUUCAUGUGGAAAUGUGUGUUCUUCAUAAAGACUGAGGCAAACAAGCACUGAGAGAACAUCUUAGUCCCAUGGUGUGUGGUAGGGUGUUUUUUUUUUUAAUAUUAUUUUGAGAAUAAACUUCAUAUAAAAUCAGUCGUAUCUUUUUAUCUUUUUUCAUUUGCCCUAUGGUUAGAGUUGUAUACAAGAUAGCAGUGUUACUCCUUUAGAGAUGCCAGUUUUAUCCAUGUUUACAUAAGGAGGGUGUCUAUAUAAAGGGGGGAAGUGGUUUG